AUGCUCGAUUCUGGGCCGCCGACCUGUGCGGAAGCUCGGGCAAGCGCUCCGCGUUGCAUUCUGCUUGGGGUACGUCGGAUUCUGCGAUCGAACGCGACAGGGCGUUGGGAGGAGCGUCACAUCGCCCCUGGGAGGGCCGCUUUCGUGGCCGGGGAUCGGGAUCGCACUACGGGCGGCCCUGGUGGCAUUCCUCCUGCCGAGCUGAUGCCAGAAAUCGCGGCCACGGGUGUCGCGACGAUGGCUUGUGGGAUGCCACUCGACCGAGGAGAGCGAGCACCAGACCGUGGACUCAGCAGCGUGGCCCUGAGAUUGGUGGCGCUCGACGCCCGGGCCUCUCUGCAGUCCCUGCAGCAGAGUCGCACUCACAAAACGGUCAGGGAUGAGACGGAAAGCAGCCCAGCCUCCUGCCCUGAGGCACGGGGCGGCACCUGA